AUUCCCGACGAGAUCGGCGUCGAAUCCGCGCUCCUGGUCGGCGAUCACACGUCAAUUUUUGACGCUUCUCGUGCACGUCACCGACGUGUUUUUUAUCUCGACGUAUCGAAGAAUUGCCUUCUCAAAGCGAGUUAUCAAUGUUUUAAUUAAAUCGACGAUGUGACAAUCUCUCUGAAAUAUUAUCGGGACGUGUCGAGGACUUUUAGAAUCGAAAAGGGUGGGUGGGGAUUAACAAAGAAGUGAAAAACCGAUAUGGACGGAGAGUGAUACGUGGCGGGGUGGACACGACGCAGGAUUAUAUCUGGGAACACGGAAUAUAAAUUCACGGAAUUUCGGAAGAGAUUAAUCGCAGCGAUGUCAACACCGUGCGACGUUCGCUAUGGCGCGUGGAACCGCGAUCCAGCGAUCCGAUCCAGUGAUAUCGUGCCGCGACACAGUGCUGGUGAAUGAGGACGCGAGGGACGCACGGCAACGGCGGUGGCGGCUUUGAAGCAGAUUUGAACGGGCCAGCCGGAAAAAUAUGGUGCACGAGGGCACUGGUCUAUGGCACGCAGCGGGAUUCAACGCAUCGAGGUGGCUGAUGAUCAUAAUACACGGAUACCGAGCCACCACCCUCGUUUUGUAUAUCCUGCUCAACGUGUUGGUGCGCACCGAAUAUCCCGCGGCAGUAACGGCGGAAACAGUCGAUAUAAAUGUUAACAUAAACUCGUUGGACGGCACAACGGGGAGACCGUUGGAUGUCGAUCUACCACCAACUUUGCCGAUGACCUUCGGUACGGAAAAUACAACAUCAGUUUCGGCGCAAUCAGGAUCCACAGCUCUGAUGCCCUGCGUUGUCCACAAUUUAGGAGAGGGCACGGUGUCGUGGCUCAAGCGGAAGAACGUACAGGAGUUACUGACCGUAGGACUGACGACAUACGCCAACGACGAGCGGUUUCAGGCAAUUCAUUUCCACCACAGCGAGGAUUGGACUCUUCAAAUAAAAUACGUCCAACCGAGGGAUGCCGGACUAUAUGAGUGCCAAGUGUCCACUCAUCCACCCACGAGCAUAUUUCUCUUGCUUGACGUCGUCGAAGCCAGAGCGGAGAUAGCCGGCCCGCCGGAGAAAUUCGUGAGGCCUGGCAGCACGCUGCAGCUUCACUGUCUGGUGAAAAAAUCCACGGAGGUGCCGUUAUACGUCUUCUGGUACCACAACGUCCGUAUGAUCAACUACGACGUCGAUCAGGGCGUCAAUGUCAGCACCGACCUCGCAAAUCGGGAAAGCUGGCUGGAGGUGCCAAGAGCGUCGGAUCGCCAUUCGGGCAAUUAUACUUGCAAGGCCAACAACGCCCAACCGGCCCGCGUCCUGGUGCAUGUUUUCAAAGGCGACAAUCCAGCCGCUAUGCAGCACAGCAUGGCAUCGUCGCCGUCAGUGAUGGCUUGCACCGCUUUGCUCACCAUGUUCGUCACGCUUAAGCUGGCAUUGCAGACGAACUGGACCUUGUGACGCGUGUGAAUGUAAGACUCCGUGCGUGUUGGAAUCCGAAAUGUGUGUUAGCGAAAUUGUGUAAUGUUAUCACUUAUCGUGUCUCAUCCUUUGUCGCGUGACUUCGCGGAUUGUAUCGUGCAAGGAUGUGAGUGCCCUAGUUUACUCGCCGAAGUUGUAGAACGGCGGUAUAGUCAUGGUGUUUCCAGUUAAAGAUACAUCGUUAUUAUUGAUAUCGGUGGCACCGGAACUCCCUUAGAGCUGCGAGAUUGGCUGUGAUUGAUUACUAUCCCUUCGGAUCAUCAACUUUGCCCAAUAAC